GUUUGAUUUCAUUCCCUACGCAUUCGAGACACUUCCACCUCUCAUCCUUAAUGAAGCUCCGCUUUGGUCGGCUAGGGUUAAGCUCAUAUUUUGCAAUAUGGCCGAAAUGCAUUACCCCGAUCGAUUUCUUCGGCAGUUCCAUAUAAGGCAAGAUAUUCCGGAUGCUCCUUUGAUAGGUACUGAUAAUCACGGAAAUUGUUCCAACAUAGUAACCGGUGCCUUGGCGAUGUGGGCGAACAUACAAGAUCACAUAUAUUUUCUUGAUUAUGGUCAACUUAUGUUCGUCGAAGCAACUAAUAGGUACCGAAAAUGGUACAACAAGCAUGGUAUGACACGUGUCCAGAACCCUUCUCACAAUGUGCCCACGACAGGCUACACCCCGACAGCACACGAUUGGGGUAUUGUGAAACAAGGUGUUCACGAGAUGUAUCAGCUCAUAGCCGAUCGCGCGAGUUAUGAGGACUUACACAAACGACUACAGCAGAUGGCCCUGGACGUAGGUGAUGAACAGAUGCUCCACCGGGGCAUAUUCCAUUAUGAAGAUGAAGAUGAAGGUGGAAGUGACGAAGAG